GUUGAGAAGAUUAAAAAAAAAAAAAGAUGCUACCUUAUGUCUGUUAUUUAAAACCUUUUAUAAUAUAAAGUAUUUAUCCAGCUGUUCUGUUCGAACAAGCCAUAUUCAAAGACGUUAAUAACACCAACCCCAUAGUUUUGCAUCUGUUCUAAUUGGUCUUAACCAUCUUUGCUCACAACCAAAUCAUUACGGUGGAUUCAAGAUGACAAAAGUAUUGAAAGAUAUGUUAUGCUGCUUAUACAAGUCAACGCCCGAUGUAUUGCGGGAUGUAGCCCUUCCUGGUUUCUUGUUGUUUGAAACUAAAUUGACACUGAUCUUAUGCGAUGCGCCUGCAGGCCAUGUUUGCAGAAUUAUACGCUUUAAGACGAUGGAUUUGCCAGAAGAGCCUGAUGAAAUCCAUAAUCAACUAUUUUCAGCAUUAACCUUGGUUUAUAAAGCAAGAUUGUUAAUGGAAAAUACGAGGAGAUUGGUUAGACAAACGCCUGUUACUCCGCAGCUUGUUGAUUUAAAAUACAAGAUAUUACCACCGUGCUUCAAUCCUGAUAUGAAUAAGCAGAAAAAACGAAGGAAUAAUUGUCUGGAAGAAUAAAGAACAACAAUCCUUUCAUUUUUUUAACAAGAAUUAAUGAUAGAGCGUGGAUGAAUUCUAAUAUUUAUUUUAAAUUUGCCAAUUGAAAAUAUUUGUGUUCUCACUUAGAAACAGUUUAAACAGGAGAGCUGAAUGCGGGUAUUCGUUGGAAAAUAUUUUCCUAAUGACUGGGGAAGGA